AUGCCACCUCCUUCAGUCCAACCCACCCCGCCAUCAAGGAGGCCGACAUUGUUCGCCAUGCCCACGCAUCUACUCCUGUCCUCUUCCUCAUCUUCGCAGAGUCCGUUACAUACGUCUCCACCUCAACUCCCGGCACUGCCUGAUCAACCUUCACCUCCUCUUUCGCCUCCUCCCAUAAGACAGUCCCGAGAAGUACGACAGCCAUCUCAAUCUCUCAACAGAGCUGUCACUGGACUGGAAAAUCUCGUGCACGAAGCUCUCAACGUAGCAAGAGACGCCGCACAGAGCGGCCGCAACGAUGAGGUCGCGAGUGUGCUCGACAGUGCUACGAUUGCGCUUCGAAGGGCCAGUACAGUUCAGGGUCAGAUGAACACUGGUCGCAUGAGUCAGCCUCUUGUCCUCUCCCCUGCGGUGUCUGAUCUUGAUGUCUCUGACAGCGAGUCUUCUGUCGGCCCCGACUCGGAUGCAUCUUCUGCUCGACAUUCUGUAGACACAGUACCGACUGUGUUGACGAGGAUGCUAGUGGAUCCGGAGUCCUCGCGGAGAAAGUCUUUCAAAGCUUCUUUUGAGACUCUGGAUGACAGAUCACCUGAUCGGCACUCGAUCGGACAUACUCCUCCUCGACUAUACCAGCCACCGUCGGCGGAGUCCGUGGUGCGCGACUUUGCUUAUGCUCGAGCGCAGACGGCACGAGCAGAGGCGGCGCGGCAGUUGAGUCGUUCGCACGGCGCUGCCGAAGCUUACUAUUGCGAUACUGGGCAACCUGUCGCCGCGCAGCCAGGUGUGAGACCGAGUCUUAGCGCACCGGUGAUGAUAGAUGAGCCGAUCAAGGCCAGAUCGCCUACGCAAAGGCCCUCUGAGCGGCCGCCUGAUCCCGAGCCACCCACCCCUCGCCGUCGUCGCGAAAGACCGCAUCGCGGCCAUCAUCUCUCCGACCUCUUCGAAUCCCCGUACUAUCGCCAACACCCAACUCAACCCCCCGCCAACGACGAGAAACCCCGCAGUAUCUCGACGGAAGAAACCAAAGACAGGUAUAGUGCUGGCCCCACACCGCCCUCCCUUGUGCAGAGAAACAUAAGCUUAAGACAUCCUCGCAGGAAGCACAUUAGUCUCCUCGAGGGGCAGGGCUUCAGUUUGGGCAGGUUUCAUCGCCGCAAGCCGAUUGCAAGGGAGUGGGGGACGGUGCGGAAGCGCAUUACGGCGACGAUUGCUUGUUUGAAUACGGUAUUUGUGGGUUUGAUUACGGGGAUUUAUGCCGGAGAAGUCCCAAGAAUCCAAUAUCAGCUCGCUGAUACCACGCACAAGGUCAUUCUCGGAAACGUAGUCCUCUUCGCCUGCCUCGGCGCCACAACUCUCAUCUUCUGGCCCCUCCCCCUCCUCCACGGCCGCAAAGCCUAUACCCUCAUCUCCUUCGCCCUCAUGCUGCCCCUCAUGUUCCCGCAAGCCAUUGUCAUCUCCAGCUACCGCAAUCCCAACAACCCCCUCUACCGCUGCGGCCUGCUCAUCCCGCGCGCCUUUCAAGGAAUCGCAAUGGGCUUCGCCAACAUCAACUUCCUCCCAACGCUAUUCGACCUCUUCGGCGCAUCGCUCAUGUCCGCCCAACCGCAUCAGGAGAUCGUGGUGUACGAUGAUGUGCGGCGACAAGGUGGCGGCGUGGGCAUCUGGCUCGGGAUCUGGUCAUUUUGCUUCGUGGGCAGCAUGUCGAUUGGUUUCUGCGUUGGAGCAUUGAUCAUCUCAACCCUUGAUCCGAGCUGGGGCUUCUACAUCGUCGUCAUUCUACUGGCUUUCUUCCUGCUGGUGAACGUCGUCGCGCCCGAGACGCGGCGGGCGCCGUAUCGCCGCUCGAUCGCGCAGUUCCUCGACGGCGAGGAGAAGAUCAAACGCCGGGUGGCGAGGGGGGAGGUGAAGCUGCACAUUUCGAACGAUGGGCCGCGGUGGUGGUUCGAGGAGGUUUGGGCGGGCUUGGUGCUGACGAAGAGGAUGGCGUGUCAGGCUGGCUUUUUCGUCAUGAUGGUUUAUUUGGGGUGGAUGUAUGCGCAAGUCACGCUGGUGAUUUUGCUGCUCGGCGCCCUACUAACCCGCGACUACAAAUGGCAACCGCAAUACGUCGGCCCCGCUGUCCUCUCCGUAGCCAUCGGCGCCCUCCUCGCCGUCCCCCUGUCAAAAGCCAACCUCUUCAGCCGCGCACGCGAUCACCCGCAACGCACAGACAGCAUGACAAUGCACGCGCACCACCAAGGCGUCCACUGGACCUCGCACAUGCUGCGCCGCUGCAUGUUCACCCUCACGCUGCCCCUCGCCGCGGGGGCGUACACGCUGGCAUCGCCCGGCCCGUCCGUCAGCUGGGUGAUUCCAAGCGUCAUGUGCGGUCUCGUGGGCUUUCUCUCCAACCUCGCCAUCGCCGAGUGCGUCGGCAUCAUCAUGGAGACGUUUGAUACGUGCGAUUUGCAGCCGGGCGUCAACCAGAAGCACAGACUGGAGUCCAUGGCGGAGACGACGCGGAGGCGGCGCACGAAUUACUCCUCUUUCCCUCGCAUCUGUGCGGGCUUUUUCGCGGCGCAGAGUACGGGGUUCUUCCUGUCGGCUGCUGCGACGGGGGUAUCCGGGGAUAUCACGCGUGCCUUGGGGGCGCAAUUAGCGACUGCUGCUGUUGCUGCGAUUCUGCUGGGACUGACGCUGCUGUUUAUCGUGGUGCUGUGGCGUUGGAAGGAAGUGCAGGUCAUUCCCAAUGGGGCUUUUGGCACGAUGAGAGGGAGUAUUGAUUGGAGUCCGGGGAUGAAUGAUCCGGAGUGGAAGGCGGUCAUUAUUGGAAAUCCGUCAGGCAAGCUGAGGCGGAUGAAUUUGUUAGAACUGGGGGCUUUGAGUCGAUGGACGGAGAUUCGGCGGUUGAAUAAGUUGGUGAGGAAUUGA